AUGACAACCCAACAAUCGACCUUACACAUGAAGGCCUCUUUCUCGUCGAUGAACGGAUUUGCGUACAGUGCUCCUCCUGCCACACCACACGGACAGGGAAGACCAGGCAGGCCGUGUGCUAACUGCACAUGUUCCCCGGGUCUCAUGUCGCGGCAGAACAGGAAAUCGUCGUUGCUAUUGAGACAGUUGGAAGGAGCACGCAAAAGACCGUCUUUGAGAAGCUCAACGCCUACAGGCUCGAGCAGAAACUCGGUAUAUUCAUCGGACUCCAUAUGCCAGUCCAAAAACAUCAACACAUCGGAGCGUCUGCUGCAUCUCAGACGGCAAAUGGUGGCGCACGACCUCUGCUGCUACAUCGUGCCCAGUGAAGACGAGCACCAGAGCGAGUAUGUGUCUCUUGCCGACCAGAGAAGAUCGUUCAUCUCGGGCUUCACGGGAUCGGCUGGUGUUGCCUGCAUCACGCGCGACCUGCUCAACUUCAACGAGGACGCUCCAGAAGGUCAGUCCAUUCUCAGCACCGAUGGGCGCUAUUUCAACCAGGCAACCCAGGAACUCGAUUUCAACUGGACGCUGCUCAGGCAGGGCGAGGACUCGAUGACGUGGCCUGAGUGGUGCGUGCGUUCAGCUAUGGACAUGUCGGAAGCCCUCGGGGGCAAAGAAGCCAAAAUUGGUAUCGACCCCAAGCUGAUCAGCUACGACCAGGUCGUCAAAAUUCAAAAGAUGAUAUGCGACAAGACCGAGAACACAAAGGCUAAGGUGACUUUGAUCCCCGUCCAGGAAAACUUGGUGGAUAAGAUAUGGGGCGAGUUUGAACCAGUUCCCGUCAGAGACGCCAACGAUUUAAUAAUGAUGGACUCCAACUUCACCAACGAGACCUUCCAAAGCAAACGAAAGCGCGUUUUGGACUACUUGCAUGAAAAAUUACCAAACUGUAAAACAUUCUGUGUGGCUACACUGGACGAAAUUUGUUGGCUUCUCAAUCUAAGAGGAUCCGAUAUCCAAUACAAUCCUGUUUUCUACUCGUACCUGCUUCUCAAAGGUGGUGAAACAAUUCUGUUUACCGAUGACCUCUACGACGACAAAAUCAAGGCCUACUUCGAGACCAACAAAAUCAUCGUCGAACCCUACGCUCAAAUAUGGGCUCGUUUGUCGUCAACGGCUUCCGCAUAUUCUAAAUCGCAAGAGCCCGUGGCGAUUGCUUCUGGAUCGUCGUGGGAGAUCGUGCGAACCGUUGGUGACACCCACUAUAAAGAGAUUCAAUCACCUUUGGAGCUUUUCAAAGCUGUCAAGAAUGAGGUGGAAAUCUCCAAUGCACACGCCGCUCAGGUCAAAGAGGCGGUUUGUUUGGCUCAGUACUUUGCAUGGCUGGAGGACCAACUAGUAAGAAAAGAAGCCCUGAUUGAUGAAUACCGUGCCGCUUGUAAGCUUUUGGAGAUCAGGAAAACUCAAAAAAACUUUAUGGGCAAUUCAUUUGAAACAAUUUCGUCAACGGGCGCUAACGCGGCAAUAAUACAUUAUUCACCUCCGGAGGAAAAUUCGGCCAUGAUCAACCCAGACCGCAUUUAUCUGUGCGACAGCGGGUCUCAGUUUAUGGAGGGUACGACAGACAUUACCAGAACUCUUCAUUUCACCAAGCCUUCAAAAGAGGAAAUUGAAAACUAUACACUGGUGCUUAAGGGCAACUUGGCACUUGAACGCCUCGUCUUUCCCGAAGGUACAUCUGGUUAUAACAUUGACGUUAUAGCAAGACAAUUCUUGUGGCAACGUGGUUUGGACUACAGACACGGUACGGGUCAUGGCGUGGGCUCUUUUCUGAACGUCCACGAGGGACCUAUUGGAAUCGGCUUUAGACCUCACUUGCAAAGUUUUGCAUUGCAAAGCGGCAACAUUGUAACCAAUGAGCCCGGGUAUUACAAAGAUGGGGAAUAUGGGAUUCGCAUAGAAAAUGACAUGUUGGUUGAAAGAGCAGAAGACCUCAAGUUUGGAGACCGGCAAUAUUUGAAGUUCAAGAAUAUAACGUUGGUACCUUACUGUAGAAAACUCAUCAACGAAAAGAUGCUGACCCCAGAGGAAAAAGCGCAAAUCAACGCGUAUCACAAGUUUAUCUGGCACAGCGUUGUUCCAUUUACUCAGCCUCAAAGCAUAACGUACAAAUGGCUCAAGCGCGAAACUGCUCAACUGUAA